AUGGUGGGACAGGCACCUUUCUUCUACUACAACCCGGAUCCCAACUCCGAGAACCGGCAACACGGCCACUUCUCGCCGCACCCUCACGGCCUUCCAUACACUGGUCAGCAGGAGGUGUACUCAACGAACAUGAGCUAUCAGCAGCCGCCCCCCGAGUGCCAGGCGGUCUACCCGGCUCCUGUAGGAUAUGCUCCGCAGACGAUGCUCACACCCGUCGCGUCGCCACAGCCAAUGUACCAGAAGCCUACGAUACUUGUUCAGCAAGAUUCGCCAUACCUCUUUCCGAUCGAUACGAAUUGCUCCGACCUGCGGUUCGCUCCCUCUACCCCACCUCUCUCCUCGACGGACAGCACCGCUAGCAGCCCGCCGAUGAGCUGCGACAUCUUACAGACACCGAUCAACGGUCCUUUCUUCGCAUGCCAGGCCAUAGAGGGUGUGAAGCAAGGUUGUGAGGAAGAGGUGCUGUCUGAGAUUUUGGGUGCUGGUGAUUGGUCAAGAUCUGCAUCUCCCCCGAUGACACCUGUGUUCAUCCAGCCCCUUUCGCUUAGCCAGGGCCCCUACCUCCUUUCCGCGCCUUCGUGCCCCUCCUUGUCACCUUCGCCCUCACCACUUCCACGGUCCGCCAUUUCCGAAUCCGAAACCAGCUUCUGCGAUCCUAGGAAUCUCACUGUCGCUGCUUCUGCGUCAGUUACUGGUCUUCCGUGCCUUCCUACGCUCUGCUCUGGUGACGACGAGGAGCACAAGCUCAUACUAAGGGGCGACGCAUUCACCGUGAAGAUCGACCAACCACAAGCGCCCGUGCCUCCUGAGUUCCUGUCACUGAACGGCCUUCCCACCUUUGAGCCACUAUUUGAGCUUGACUCUGAAGACGACUUCUCUGGCUUCGUACAGUUCCCUGCCACAGACAACACUCACGCUUCCAACUACAAGCGCCUGCGAACCGACUCCUUGUCAAACUCUGUGGAAGACGAAUCUUUCUUCGGCGACAGCAGUUUCAGCGAGUUUGACGAAGAUCUCGCAGUGAGCACUUUCCACACUCCGUGUGAGGGGCAAUUCUUUAUGUCUUCCAACGACACAACAAAAGUGCGACCAAAGAAGCGUCAAGCUACCAAGGCAACGAAGUCUUUCGAUAGCGAGUCGGAGUCGGAUUUCGCUGUCAGCAAGGCCCACGUGACCCGCGGCAAGGAGGCAAAGUCUCACUCGACAGCUUCCAGCCAGCACAGUCAGCAACAAUCGCCAGCUGCGCAGGACCAGUCAGCAACUCCGGAUGCCGCCAUUGCAUCUAGCUCUGAGGAUGGCGAUGGUGCACCAGCUUCGGCACCUGUUAGCCGCCGUGGCCGUAAGCAGUCUUUGACCGAAGACCCCUCUAAGACGUUCGUCUGCACUCUCUGCUCCCGUCGCUUCCGCCGUCAAGAACAUCUCAAGCGCCACUACCGCUCCCUCCACACUCACGACAAGCCGUUUGAGUGCAGUGAUUGCGGUAAGAAGUUCUCACGAAGCGAUAAUCUCUCACAACACCAGCGCACGCAUGGAACCGGCUCAGUUGUGAUGGGUGUCCUCGACGAUUCAGAGCUGAGGCAACAAAAGGAGGAAUCGUAUGAUAGCCAAGCAAGUGCACUGGGCAGUGUACUGUUCAGUGCUGCCGCCGCCGCUGUAGCCAGCAUGUCAGAAAGCUCAUCGUCGUCGGGGUACUCGGAUCGUGAGAUGAUCAGCCCGCCGGUGCCCGAGCGCAAGCAGCAGAAGAAGAGGAAACGGGACGAAUAG